AUGUUUUUGUCGAUUUUUCUAGUCGGAUUCACGUUGGCCUGUAUUCCAACUGAUAAUUCGGGUGAGAAUUGUUUCGCCACGUCAUAACUAUCUUUGGUUUUCCACAUAGCGUAAUCUAUCUUUUUAUAUUAAAUUUUCAGUCCCUAUUCUACCUGAAGAAACCACAACAACCACGACUACAACAACACCUACACCAGAACCAGUUCUAUCUUGCCCCGAAGGUUGGACAAAAUUCGAUCGUACUCCAACACCAUGGUGUAUGCGGGUGGCUCUAGGCGCGACUACCCAAUCAACAGCUCUGGUAACUUGCCAAGCUCUCAACUCAGCAGCUGUGAUUUCAGGUUUCCAAAACCAGAAUGAGAUUACGACGAUGAUCGCUGCCGCGCAACAGCAAGGCGCAGUACCCGCGACUAAUUUGAUUGUUGGCGCAGAACGGAAAUCUGAAUGUGAUUCGGGGAUUACCGCAGAAUGCACUACGCUCACUUCAUUUUAUUGGACCGAUGGUUAUACAAGUGGAACUGAUGGUUUCCAAUGGCUUUCAGAGCAGCCGGAUGGUGGUCAAUUUGUGGUGAUUUUGGUGGGAUCGGGUUUGAUGGAUGAUGGAGAUGGAGUGAAGACGAGAGGUGGAGUUGUGUGUGGAAUGAAGGCACAGUAUUUGUGA